GACUAAGGAGUAUAACUAACAAGCACUGUUAACGAAUAGUUGAAAUAGUUGAAAUCACUUAUUCAACAAUUACAACCGUCGCUUAAAAUCGAAUCCGGAUAUAUUUCAACUGUCUACUGUGAAUAUUGAAAUAUAUAUCUACAAGAAGUUUUGGAGCCUUCCACUCAAUCAUAUCCCAGGAUGUCAAAUAUCAUCGCGGACAAUGGAAAUGCAUGUAAACCACUUCCUUUGGAAAUGUGCCGCAGUUCACCUUACUACAGUGCAAAUCAACUGGAUCACGAUCCAACCGCGGAAGCUAUACAAUCAGACAUAGAAUCUAAGAGUAUAUCAUGCAGUAAGCAGAACAUACGAAAUGACGAAACUAAUGCAGCACUUGCCUUACCCGAUGAAAUGUGGUUACAAAUUUUCUGCAAUUUAUCAUAUGCGGAUUUAUCACAAGUAAAUUUGGUCUGCAAACAUUGGUCUCAAUUGGCUCGUGCACCUGCACUAACACGCAAAUCCAAGUUGGUCAUCGUUAGAGAAAACUUGAAAGAUAUUUGCGAUCUUCUAGAACGUAAAGAUUUUAAAUUUCAAACUGUAGAAAUAGUUGACGGAUUCGAUAGCGCUAAUUGCGUAGAACAUGCAUUAUUAUUAAAAAUGUUCCAAUAUUUGAGGUCGGAUAUCGUUCAACUAAAACUGGAUAGACCCUCAAGUCUUUCAGUGCUCAAUAAUCCUUUAACGAAACUAAAGGAAUUGGAUUUGUCAAAUAUGCGCUUAGCGGAAAGCUUAUCGAUAGAUUUAAGUAAAUUUUCAAAACUUAAAUCCUUAUUACUGCCUUAUGGCGGAGAGUGCCAUCUCAAAAUUCAAUUAUCGUCUCCUUUAACCGAAAUGCCAAAAAUACGCUUAGAAAAACUACGCAUCGCUAGCUAUUAUCCCAACUACUUAAACUUAUUAACAACGAAUGUGUCCUCAUUGCGUACACUCGAAAUCAACCUCGUAUCUCCUAGUUUGACGGAACAGAUUCACUUACAUGAAAUCUUUAACAAGUUUACACAAUUGAAGGUACUACGUGUUGGUGGAUUUGUGAAUAUGAUAGACCAUAGCACGAGAUUUCUCUUAGAAAAUCUUCCAAAAGAAAAUCAACUCAAAACUAUAAUUGUCGAUUUGGAUGCUAAACCGGUGGAAUUUUUGGAUUUAAUUUGCCGAAAAUGGUUUAGCUGCAUAGAAACGUUGGAGUUGCGGCUGACCGUAUUUGACGCGGAAAGGCGUAACAGCGGGAAUUUGGCUAAACGGCUAAGCGUCCUGAGCGGCAAGUUGCGCCGUCUGAGUUUGGAUGCCAGGGAAUUCACUCCCCAAGAUCUCAUUCAUAGUAUAGCUCCAAAAACAAAUACAAAACUAACUGAAUUGGAAUUGUUCAAACCCCAUUUGACGGGAGAGUUGCUCUUUACGCUGUUUCAACGUUUGCCUAAUUUAACGACACUCGAUUUGAGUUUCAGCCAGUUAACCGAUGAAGAAAUGUGUGGCAUUUUUCGCCGGCUCACACGUUUGCGGCACCUUUUUCUGGGUCCAUGUUGCUCAAAAACCAACAUAAAAAAUCUUUGCUUAAAACCCAACAUAAGCAAUUUAAAAGGUCUGCGAAGACUUCGUUCAUGUUUUUGUCCCAUCAGGAUUCUCUGGAUAUUGAAUUUAAAUUUUAAAUUUAAUGAAUUAAGCCAUCUCGAGCUCUAUUCGUGUGGAAGGACCAGAGAAUGCUCUUUUUCGAAUUUUGAAGAAAUUAGCACAUAUUUUCCGGCUCUUGAAGAGCUAGACGCUGACGGUUACGAUUUAUGCGUUAACGAUAUCACAAAAGUGCGUAACAAUUGUCCUCGCUUACUUUAUUUGUAG